AUGGAAAAAUCAUACAAAUAUGACAAAGAAAAACCGGUUAUAACCCAAAAAGAAAUGUCACGCAAAGAAAAACCGAAAACCGAAAAAAUUAUAAGCAAACCCGAAAAACCUGUGCAAAAGAAAAUCGAAACCGGUGAUUUAGUUCCUAAAGUCGUUAAACUGCCGAAUAAUUGGAAUUUAGAAAAAAUAGAAUUAAAAUUGGACAUAAAGAAUGCUGUUAAAGACGCGAAUACUCUAAUAUCACCUGACGAUCAUUUAGAUAGUGAAUGGGAGGUUAUA